GGCCGAGGAUUGGCUGCUGCGGAGCCGGGAGCGCUUUCUCCCGGGAUCUGCGGUCGUGACCGCGGCGGCCGGCCUCGGGCAGUCAGGUACGUAGGUCUGCAGCCGGCUCGUGCUGCGCGGCGAGCGGGCGGGGUGCGAGCCGUCAGAGCCGGGGUGCCGCCGGGACCCGAACCCCCAGACCCACCUAAGGCCCGUUGCUGUGUGAAGCGCCACGUCUGAGCCCCAGAGACCGACCUGCGCUGGGGUUGUCGCCGUGGGAUCUCGGCCAGGAUACCCCCUCCCAAGCUCUGGUCCUGUCGGUGAACGCCGCGUGGUCCUCGCGAGCACCUCCGGGGCACAAGCCCAGAGCUGCGCCCGCCCUUUCGAAAGGCCGGGCAGGGGUAGGGGUGGGCGUACCUUAGCUCGCCCCGUCCCCCUCUGAGGUCUGUCGGCGCUGCCCUUCAGCUCGAACACCCAGGAUGGGCACCCCGGCCUCUGUGGUGAGCGAGCCGCUCCCUUGGCAGGCCCCAACUGAGACCCGGGGCCGCAAACAGGCCUCGGCCAACAUCUUCCAGGAUGCCGAGCUGCUGCAGAUCCAGAGUCUGUUUCAGCGCAGCGGGGACCAGCUGGCCGAGGAACGGGCACAGAUCAUCUGGGAGUGUGCAGGGGACCACCGUGUGGCGGAGGCCUUGAGGAGGCUGCGCAGAAAGAGGCCCCCAAGGCAGAAAGCCUUGGGUCACUCGCUACACCACUGUAGCCGGCUCAGAAUCCCAGAGCCCCGCGAUCCACUGGCCGACCCACAGAGCAGUGCCACAGAGAUGGCUUCCAGCGAUCAGUAUCUGAACACUAGGAGGACAAGUGCCAGGAUCCGCCGGAACUGGAGGAAGUCAGGCCCCACAAGCUACCUCCAUCAGAUCAGACACUGAUCCAGGAAAGGGGCUGGGAAUGGCAGUAUCUUCCCCAGGAAUCAUAGGAACUUUUGCCAAAGGGCCCAGGAAAAUGAAGGAGGAAGAGAGACUUGAGGCAGACAGCCCCAUACGCUGCUGUUGGCCUGCUCAAUUCAGAACAGGACUGGAGGUGUCCACUGAGCUCUGCAUUGUGUGGGAUCCAUCCCUCACCAGGAGAAACAGCGACCAUUCUUGCCUUGGCCCUUCCCCCAUCUAACACUAUACUUGGGCUGCAUGACAUUCCCCUGGGAGUCAAGUGAUGGGCACUCAGACUAAGCAUCUCACCACUCCUGCUACUAACCCUCCUGCUAUCAUGACCCACAGUCCAGCAGCCUGUCCUACACCCCUGCCCGUCAGGCCACACAAGGGAACUGUGGUUUAAAUGGCAAAAUAAACACAUUUGCAUCAAGAA